AUGUCUUGCGAAGGCAGGACCAAGCAACAAAAGCGGAAGCGUGUUGAGGAAGAAAGUUUCUCGCAAAAGACAAGGAGUCCGAGAUGCGGGGAAACGCAGCUCAAUGCUUCAAGCGCCCAUCCUGGGAACGACUCUCCUUGCGUGUCGCGAGCACUCGAAGACACCGAAGUGGCCCUUCUCGAGGCACUGCUUCCUGGCGCAUCAUAUUCAAGUCAAACAAGUAGCACAUGGCCUGCACUGUUCGAUGGUGCAAGUGGUGCAAGCGACGAUUAUCUACUCAGAAACGUGUCCUUCGAUGACGCGUCGACGUUGGGUCGGGAUUCUCCAGCACAAACCGCGUCUGUCAACUCGAGUCCGGAUACCAUCUACUCUUGCGACGAAGAUCACGUUACUCAGCAGAGUCCACACCCUCAGAUCAUGAUCACUCAGAGUUCCGCAGACACAUGGACCUCUAAAGUAGGAGAGAGCCAGCAAGCUUUUACCAUCUACUCAUCGUCCACCAUAACCCAACGCAAAUACAAGGGUCCAAGUAGUCACCAGGCUUUCGCGCAAUGGUUUCAGCUGAAUUCUCACGUACUUGAUAAGGAUCUCUCUGAGCACUUUCGCCAAGGUUCGCGCCAUUCCGAGGACAUGGACAUGCCGCCAUUUCUUAGUAUGCCAGCUUUGUGCCCAGAUUGGGAGGCCUACGUAAAUGCCUAUCUGGAUGAGGUUGCUCCUAUCUAUCCAAUCGUUGGCAGAGAAGUCAUCAUCAGAGCCGGAACGUACUUGGCCAGAUUCGCUGCUCUAGAGCACAACCCAGUUAGCGAACGACCAACAAUGGCUUGUCUGUAUGCUUGUAUAGCUUUGGGCGCACGUACCAAAGGUCAUACAGUAGUCGCCCAGGCAUAUAUAGAGGCGGCUUGUUCUCUUACAGGCUAUCUCACCAGUCAGCCUUACUUGGAGUCUGCUCAAGCUCUUCUACUGAUGGCCAUCGAUCACCGUGGCAGAGAGAAGAUUGGAGCCGCUUUUCUUCUCGUGAGACAAGCCAUCAGCAUUCUCAACUCCAUGGGCUUGCACAGGACACCCUUCUACGGCAACGACCAGCUUUCGGUGCCCCGUCAGCAAUCGGACCGACGUAUAUGGUACAUAGCUUAUGCGUUAGAGAAGACAAUGGCUAUGGAAGAAGGCCGUCCGUCAAGUACAUACGAGCGCAUGUCUGAUGAAAUUGUCUGUGCGACCAAGACCAGGAGCUGCUCAGAUCCUUGGAAGGCGUUCGUGGACCUUGGAGUUAUCCAGAGUAAGAUCAGUGAACAAUUCUUCGACCAGCAAUCCUGGGCGGUGUCACCGGAUCAUGAGAGGUUGCUCGCUUUGCAAGGCGAGCUAGAUGAGAAGUUGACGCAGUGGUCGGACAAUCUACCUGAACCGCUGAGACCACGAAGAGGUCUAGUCAACUGUCCUCAGCGUCUGCUUGCUUUCAGAACAGUCCUGAGUUUCAAUUUCCACCAUGCACUCAUCGCGUUGCACCGGACAGCUUUGAUCGGAGACUUUACGGCAAGCGUCGCCACUUCCGAGCGUCACGACAGCAAGCCGCAUAACGCGCGCCGUCUAGAACGAAGCGAAGGAAUCUGCGCAAAUUCGGCCAGAGACAUCAUCACCACAUACCUCGAUUUUAUCGAACACAAGCAGUCUUCUCCAUUGAUCACGCUCAACCAGCCUUUGCUAGCAGUGCACGUGCUCACGAUCUACAAUCUCAAAUAUCCAGAUGCUUGGUCCGCUGAGGCGGAUCUGCAACUGCUGUGUUCGGGUAUUGAAGCCAUCAAGGAUGCGUACGAGACGAUUGGUCUGCCUGCCGGCUUCUGCUCAAUGCUUGACACAUUGAGACACGCUGCGACCCGUCAUAAAGAGCCGUAUAUCAGCUCGGCUCCUCCUUCGCAGCAGGGAGAAGGGUCGAUAGCAGCGAAUAGCAAAUACCAGAAUCAAGUAGCUCAAGUUGGCGAGCUGUCUUUCGAUAUGGCCAACACGGACGGAUUCGCUGAUCAGCUGCGUGCGGAAUCAUCACUAAAUUUAAGAGCUGUCGGCGAUGAUAUCGAUGAUGUGUUGAUGGGAACUUGGCUAGAUACACCGCAUCUUCUCGACGAGGAGAUCUUGGACUUUAGUCUUUGGGCAAGCGAAGAGAGGACCGACAUUGUUCCCCAGACACUCAACGAGACAUGA